UGACGUGGCACCGCCUGUCUGUACUGCAAACCAUUCGUACGAUCACGUGUGUGUCGUGACCUCUGUGCUCGAGAAGCCUUUCCAACAUGACAGUCAUGUCGAUAAUAUUGUCGUCCCACCUGUGUUGGAUAUAUGGUGUGGCAUGGGCACAGUCUACCUUGUGCUGCUCGUCAUAACACGGGCGUAAUCGUGUGCGUGCUCGGUCUAGCCCUUGCGAUCUAACCCUCCGAUGCCGGCUCGAGCCGCCGGUAACGUUAGCAUUCGACAAGUCGACGUCGUCAUUGCCAUACCUCGGCCAACCGCACGGCGACACAAUCAGCACCACUGACACAUCGUCGUCUCGACAGCUGGCGAGUUGAUUUGGGGGGGUACACGACUGAGGCAGGAAUGACCAGCAAGUCGUUUGGUGUUGGUGGGGUCACGACUGUGGUGAACAAUCCGACUAUCGUGGCGGCCAGCGCCAGGUCCGACGUCAGUGCCACAAGCAGCACAAGUGGUACUAGUCGUACUAGUAUCCACCUCAUGCAGCACCCCCUCACGUGGCUGGCGGGGCUGGCGGACUUGACCAAUCUGGUCCUUCCAUUCAAAUCGAUCGCUGAUGUCCAUCCAUUUCACAGUAACGUUACGCAGUUCAUAGUCACCUCUGCAUGAUGAUGUACAACAAUGUUCAACGAUGCAAAUAAGUGGCUUGACUGGAUGAUGUAAGGUCCAAGCGAGCACGUUGAAUCGCCGUCCGAUGGUACUGCAGCGGUUCUCCCACGCAGACGAUCGUUGCAGCUUUCUUGACGACUCUGUCGUACCCGAACAUGGUCAGAUGUCAUGGACGUGUGUCGCGUGGUGGAGCAAUGUCCGUGCAACCUUCAAAUGUUGCUGACCAACGGACCGCUGUCCCUCGCCACCAAGAUGACCAUUACCGCGAAUGUGGCGAUUGCCCUGUUCGUUUUGCAUUCGAUUUACGCCGUGUGGUCAGCCGUCGUCGUCGCCUAUCGAUCGUGUGGACCGCCCCCGAACGUCUGAGUGAUGACGAAAGCUCUGGCGACAGACGAUGCAAAGCCGACGUGUACGCCCUGGGCAUACUCCUCUCGUCGUUGGACCGAUGGGCGAUGCCAGAAGAGGUCGAAUGGUUCACCCCAACCUUCCCCGACGCGUUGAGGGUGCUCAUCACCAAGUGUCUGCACCUGUUUCCACACGACCGACCCUCGGCCAUGGUCGUGGCGUGUCAACUGAGGCGGCAGGUGGCUCGAGACGCAGCAUAAAGUUCGUACGAACUAGUCCAUGUUGAAACGACCGACUUGACAUGUCGAGGAGGAGAGCCAUCUAUGUACAAAGGAGGUGAAGGUGGCACAUAUCACUGGUUCAUCAGAAAUUGUCGAUUCAUCCUUUGCUUGCUAAUGGCCAGCAAUAAACUGCA